UCAGCUGCCGUAGUGAUCUCCUCUCCCUCCUCCCACUCCCUCCUCCCUCUCCCACCCCUUGGACGGAUGCAGCAUAACCGCCUGGCUGAGACACGGACGGGUGGAUCAGGUCUUUAUUGCUGUAACGAUGGACCCCCCGUGGAACGCCCAGGGAUCGUACCACCAGCACGACAACAGACGCUGAGUGUGUUUGUGUGGGUAUGCCGUCCCAGGUACUGAGGGAGAACAUGAGGUCAAUGAGUGUGAUUUCCUGAGGUGAAUUCAUUAUCCCAGGGAACACAAGGCCUUUUAUUUCCACCUCUCUGCAUAGCCACAUCCCUCUCCCCAUCCUGCAGAGGUGUGUCUGUAAUCUAGUCCCUCCCCUAGCUGUAGAAUGGGGUGUGUCUAGAUCCCGACCCAGGAAAGAGUGUCUCUCCAUCCAAUCCCUUCCCCCGGGUGCAGGCUGCAGAAAGGAGUGUGUCUAGAUACGGCAACUCGCUCAGGCUGCAGAAAGGGGUGUGUCUGUAAGUCUGCUCCCUCACCUAGCUGCAGAAGGGGUGUGUCUGUCAGUCUGGUCCCUCCCCUGGCUGCAGAAAGGGUUGUGUGUGUCAGUCUGGUCCCUCCCGUGGCUGCAGAAAGGGGUGUGUCUGUCAGUCUAGUCCCUCCCCUGGCUGCAGAAAGGGUUGUGUCUGUCAGUCUGGUCCCUCCCCUGGCUGCAGAAAGGGGUGUGUCUGUUCUGAUGGAGACGGGACAGCCGUCACCUGACAGCAGUAGUGAGGAGUGUACUGUCCUGGAGGCUCCGCUGGGCAAGAGACUGACCUGUCCCAUACACACUAACAAGGAGACAGUGCUGUACUGUUCGCGAUGUGAGGUAUGUGUGUGUGAGGAGUGUUUGUUGGAGGAGCACACAGACCAUACUGCGGUCCCCAUAUCAGAAGCCCUGGAGACACACCGGAAUGGCUUGCAGGAGAGAUUGGUGGCUGCGCAGAACAGACUGCCUCAGAUCUCUGAGGCCCUGAUCUCCGUUAGGGAGAUCCUCCAUCAGCUGACCAAUCAGAGAGCCUCGAUCGAGGAGGACAUCCACGUCAGCUUUGAGGAACUCCACAAGACCUUGGACAUCAGGAAGAGUGUUCUGCUGAUGGAGCUGGAGGUCACCUACGGACUUAAGCAGAAGGUCCUGCAGUCCCAACUGGAAACCCUCCUUCACGGCCAGGAGGGCAUCAUCUACACCUGUACCCAGACAGAAGAGGCUCUAAACGGGGAGGCCUGCACGGCAAACCUCCAGGCUGAGAGAGGCCUAGGAGAGAGGCUCGGAGAGCUAGCAAGCCAAGGGCUUCCGUUUCAACCUGAGGAAAACGACCAGCUGGACCUGCUGAUGGAGACAGAGGGUCUGAGGAGGUCAAUCCACAAUAUGGGGACCAUUGUCACCACCAGCGCUGUGGCGAGCCAGAGCGAGGCAUCGGGCUCAGGGCUGGAGCAGUGCAUCGUGGGUCUUCCAGCGUGCGUUACCAUAACAACCAGAGACAAGGCCGGGGGUCCCUGCAGGAGUGGCAACGCCAUUCUGUCUGCUGAGGUUACACACACACACACACACAUAUACACACACAUAUACACACACACAGACAUAUACACACACACACACACACACAGCAGAGACCGGUACGCCUGUUCUUUCUCCCCGAAGGUGUGUACCCCUGACGGCAGUGUGGCGGACGGCGAGCUCCUCGACCACAAGAACGGGACGUACGACUUCAUUUACACUGUAAACAAAGAAGGAGAGUUCUCAUUGGCUGUUAGACUAUAUGACCAGCACAUCAAAGGAAGUCCCUAUAGACUCCGGGUUACCAGAUCCACGGACCCUGAGGAGUCCCCGCCCACCACCGCUGCCACCUCAUUGGCCGCCACCGCCACCACAUCGACGGGCUCCUCCGAGGGGGCGAAGCGGAGGGGGAAGUCCCCGGGGUCCGGCAGCAAGAAGAAGGGGUCCCGGAGGACGGGCAGCGCUCUGGGAACCCCUAGACGAAGAGAGAACCCCAUCGAGGAUGACCUGAUUUUCAGGAUCGGUACUAAGGGGAGAAAUAAGGGAGAGUUUACUAACCUUCAAGGAGUUGCAGCAUCUUCCACUGGCAGGAUUCUAAUAGCAGAUAGCAAUAACCAAUGUGUCCAGAUCUUCUCCAAUGAGGGUGAGUUUAAGAGUCGUUUUGGGGUGAGGGGUCGCUCGCCAGGGCAACUCCAACGACCAACGGGUGUGGCUGUUCACCCGAAUGGUGACAUCAUAAUCGCAGACUAUGACAACAAGUGGGUCAGCAUCUUCUCUAGCGAGGGCAAGUACAAGGCCAAGCUGGGCUCUGGUAGACUGAUGGGUCCAAAGGGUGUGUCCGUGGAUAAGAACGGACAUGUGAUCGUUGUUGACAACAAAGCCUGCACCGUAUUCAUCUUUCAGCCAACCGGCAAGCUUGUUACUAAGUUUGGUAGCCGUGGGAACGGAGACAAGCAGUUUGCAGGUCCUCACUUUGCAGCUGUCAACAAUAGCAAUGAGAUCAUAGUGACGGAUUUCCACAACCACUCAGUCAAGGUGUUCACCCCUGAGGGAGAGCUGCUGUUGAAGUUUGGCUCUAACGGAGAGGGGAACGGUCAGUUUAAUGCCCCGACUGGCGUGGCUGUCGACAUUAACGGGAACAUCAUCGUAGCUGACUGGGGGAACAGCCGUAUUCAGGUAUUUGAUGGCAGUGGCUCCUUCCUGUCCUAUAUCAACACCUCAGCGGACCCUCUGUAUGGACCCCAGGGACUGGCCCUCACCUCUGACGGACAUGUUGUGGUGGCCGACUCUGGAAACCACUGCUUCAAGGUCUACAGAUACCUACAGUGACGAGGAGAGGGAGGGAUGGAGGUAAGGAGGAACAAUGGAGAGAUUAAUUAGCAGGAGCACUGAUAUAAGGUCUUCCACUAACUGUGGAACUGCCAGUAAAAUCAGCCCCACGCUCUCCUCUCACCUCCAUAACCCACUACUACUGGCCAGAGCUACACGGUGAGAGCACCUAUUGGUCGACUUCAAACACACCCAGGGGGUGGUUCCUUUGGCUCGUCAAGAUGAUGUCACAGCCGUGGGAGGAGCCUCCGUCUGUCUCGGAACAAGGCUUAAUGUCAAACGUAUCUCAGCCUGUUUACCUGAUCCCAAAUAAGGCGUACUGCUAUAAAUCCUUCGGAAUUAUGACACAGAUGGUUUGUCGGCAUUAUCGUAACAUGUUCUAUAGAAUCCUGACAAUGAAUGUAUGGAUUUUAUAGAACAUUCAUAUAGAUUGUUUGAGGAUCGCUGUCUGCAAAAUCAAAAGCGAAUGCUAAGCACUGUUCAGGAAUGUAGCCAUAGCUAUUGUAAUGGUCCAAAUGUAUAUCAAUGAAAUGAUUAAUGAUUGAUUGAUCCAUUGACUGAUUGAUGAAGCGUUAAGUGAAUCGUUAAAUCGUCUGGUGAAAAAGAUACCCUGUGCGUCCCAAAUCUCUCCCUGGUGCCCUGGUUGAAAGUAGUGCUCUACAGAGGGAAUAGGUUGUUAUUUGUGACACAGAUAUUAUAUAUUUGUUAAAUUAUCUUUACCAUUAAUUAUACAUUUAUCAUUAAAUACUCAAUAACUGUUUGCAAUUUAAUUGUCAUUAGUGCUGUAUCCUCUUUAGAAACAAAGGUCUAAUGUUUUAUUAAUAACUUUCUUGCCAAGAACUCCAAAUGAAUUCAUUAUUUGUGCUGUUGCUUGUCAGUACAAUGGCACGUAACUAAUAGUGGGAUAUCAGGGUAUUCUAGAACAAUACCAGAGUAUUCUAGAACAAUACCAGAGUAUUCUAGAACAAUACCAGAGUAUUCUUGAAGCAUGCUUCUUUUUAGUGACUGUACCAAUAUUUGAGCAUCCAAAAAAACAGUGCUCUGUCAGAACUGUCAUAAUUUUGGCAAAAUACUUCCCCAAAUUCCAUGUAGCUUUAAUAGUAAUCCUCAAGUAAGAUUCCAAGAAUAAGGAUGGGCGAGGUAAGCAAGAAUUAUCCCAGUAUGAUCAUUAAAAAAAAAUGUCUGCAUUGAUUUUGUGGGAAAUUAACUUUUCAAACCUAUUACUAUAAUUCAAUGCAGUAUCUGUGGGUUUUGGGUCUGGAUGAGUAAUCAGGGUUUUGCCAUAGAGAUACGCUGAAGCCAGUACUGCACAGAUGUAAAGCACAGGCCUCUUCCCACCUCUAUGGUAAAACCAGGAUCUGUCCAGGGGCUCUAUUUCAGUGUGUUUUUUGGUUUCAGCUAAACAUUCACACAACACUUAGAUUUGAUUUAGCAGCAGAGAACGUAGAGAAAACAUUGCUGAGACACAGCUUUCCUUUUCAAAAACCUUUUGGAUAUUAUUUAUUAAGUGAUGUAUUAUUUCGGAUAUGCUAUGGUGUUUAUAAUGCUAUUUAUUUAUUUAUUUAUAAACUGUUUAUGUUUUGAAUGAGACUGGAAAACAAAGUGCCCAUUGUACAUUUUCUUUUCAAUAUUAUACAGUAAAAUUAAAGUAUGUCAUGUUCAAGUCUAACUUGCUCAUCUGUGUUGGACGACAUUUGUGCAGAUUGUUUUUUGAGUGUCUUUUGAGUCUAUGAUAUCAUAGUGAAAAGAUUGUACACGUUUUUCUUCUUGAAUGUUCAUCUCAUGAUUUGAGACACCGCCUUAAUCAUUCACGUUGCCAUUUAAAAACAUGUUAUUUUCACGGUUUGAAUGUCAUUUUUUUUUACAUAGUUUGUAUGUCAUUUUGAAUUGUUUUACUAAUUCACAGAUGUAACCAUCUUGGUAGGUUGCCAAGUUCUUCCCUGAAUAUCCCCCCGUCUGAAUCUCAUCUGGAGCACUGUUCUGUAGCUACCAUUUGGAACCGCGUCAAAAGUACUGCAUUAUAUAAGGAACCUGGAAAUCACUGUUUUUCCGCCCUUGUCCCUUUAGACCAACUGGGUGUGCAGGUUUUCAUUCCAGCCCAGCACUAACACACCUGUGUUUAUCGCUGUAGUCACGUUUCGGAUGACAAGUUGACAAGCUGUAUUUGGUCUGCGUGGGACCAGGGUUGUCAAACAAUGAUGACAUCACAUUCAUCUUGACCCUAGACCCUGAUUGGUUACCUGGUAUUAACAAGACGCAGAAAUAAAGCAUUGAUUCAAAACUGAAA